AUGGCUCAAAACGACUACAUCGAGCAGUUCGUCAAGGAGCACGGACGAAGAUUAGACUUUGAGGAAAGAAAAAGGAAGAAAGAGGCAAGAGAAUCACACAGAAUAGCCAAAGAUGCACACAGAUUGAAGGGAUGGCGGGGAAAGAAGUUUGCCAAGAAGAGAUACAGCGAGAAGGUGGCCAUGAAGAAGAGAAUUAAGGCCCAUGAAGAAAGUAAAUUGAAAGGCACUCCUAAACCAGCAGCAGAAGAUGGUGAGGCACUUCCUACAUAUUUGUUAGACAGAGAGCAGCAAAACACGGCGAAGGCGAUCUCGUCAUCGAUCAAGCAGAGGAGGAUGGAGAAAGCGGACAAGUAUUCGGUUCCGUUGCCCCGGGUGAGGGGAAUAAGUGAGGAGGAAGCGUUCAAAGUGGUGAGAAGUGGAAAAUCAAAGCGGAAAUCAUGGAAGAGGAUGAUCACAAAGCACACCUUUGUUGGGGAGGGAUUCACGAGACGGCCGGUGAAGAUGGAGAGGAUAAUCAGGCCGGCGGCAUUGAGGCAGAAGAAGGCAAAUGUUACACAUCCAGAGUUGGGAGUGACAGUUCUCCUUCCUAUUUUGGCAGUCAAGAAGAACCCACAGUCGCCUAUGUACACUCAGCUUGGCGUUCUCACCAAGGGAACAAUCAUAGAGGUGAAUGUUUCGGAACUUGGGCUUGUUACGGCAGGUGGAAAGGUUGUUUGGGGAAAGUAUGCCCAGAUCACGAAUGAGCCAGAUCGGGAUGGCGUUGUGAAUGCUGUUUUGUUGGUGUAG